CUUUCACACGCCUCAAGAGUCAGCACCGCAGACACGACCUGCCUCAUCUUCUUCCGAACACGAACCGACGGAAAGUCAUAUGGAGAAUGGUGUCGAAGAAAAAGUCAAAGGUCUUCAAGAAGAACCUGCGAACGCAGAGCAAGACUCGGAGAUCAUUGCGCAGUUACGCGCCGCGUUGGAAGCUUCCGAGGCGAAACGAGAGGAGGAACGACAAACGGCAGCAAAGAGAAUCGAGGAGCUUGAAUUAAAUGCUAGGAGCUCGAGUGAUGCACAGAGGGUCGACGUUUCUAGUCAGCUUGCCGAACGGGAUGAGCGGAUUCAGGCACUGUUGGAAGAAGGAGAGAAGCUAUCGAAGAAGGAACUACAGCUCAAUACGACUAUCAAAGCCCUGCGCAAGAAGGCGAUGGACGACGAGAAAGCUCUUACGGACACAAAGAGGAGACAGGAGAAGAUUGAGAAGGAUCUUGCAGACGUACGGCAGAAAUUGAAGGCAAGUCAAGACGUCGAGCGUCUACAAACCGAGCGAAUCAAGACAUAUGCCAAAACCGAGAACGAACUGAACAAAACCCGUGCCGAACGCGACAAAUACCGAGAUGAUGCCGAAAAGCUACGAGCCGAGCUUGGCGAAGCCAGGGCACGUGCCGUUGAAGCAAUUCGCAGCGUCCAAACUGCCGCUUUGGAAUCUGAACGAGCGGUCAGCACCGGUCUCCGCGCUGAGCUUGAACGGACGAAGAGCGCGGCGGCCAAAGCAGCGGAUGACGCGGAAGCAGCCAUGUCCGAACUUCGCGCAAAGAUGGCUCGGGACGCCGAACGCGCUCGCACGACAGAAGAUGAACUUCGAACUGAGAUCGUACGACUCGAGCAAAAGCUUGAGGUCAUGCGCUCUCGUGCCGAGGAGGCAAGUGCUGCUGCGCUCAACAAGGAUACACAUGUUGGUUUAAUGCGCCAGAUCGAGAUGCUCCAGACACAACAGUCGGUCGCACGGGAAAACUGGAGAGUUCUGGAAGGCGCAAUGCUCAACAAGACUGCGGCGUUGGAGAAGGAGAAGGAAGAAUGGGUGAAGAAGGAAGCCGAGCUCCGAAAGAAGCUGAAGGAUACGAAGGCCGAAGUGCGGGAUCUUGAGGAUGAGAGCGACGAGUUGAGGACCAAGGUUGCGCAGCUUGAGAAUGAUCUGGAGACGAUGCAGGAGAGCCAAACGCGACACAGCAACAAGGUACAAGAAUUGGAAAAUGAACUUCAAUCGGCACAAAAGGCAAGGGAUGAACAAAUAGCUGAGUUGGAUAAGCUCAAGAAGGAUGCGGAGGCGGAUUUGCAAUCUCGACUGCAAGAGGACAAGCUCAAAUGGGAACAAGAGUAUAACUCACCGCCCAUGCUCGACCGCAUGUUGAGCCCUACCGCACCCAUGUCACCGUCUGUGCCACCUAUCUCACGACGGGUCACGUCUUCUACCUCAGAUCUCAUGAUAAACCUGCCGAAGUCGCCAAACCCUCAAUCAUGGCAGCAGUCCUUCCCUCGACGUAACUCGGGCCGCAUAUACACCCCUGCGCACGAGACGAUCCCGGAUCACGAUUGGGAAGAUGACCGCGAUGUAUCUCCAGAAACUCCGAGGUCGCCGCACGCACGCACUCCACGCGAUCAGAUGAGUGUGUCAACCAACAUUGGUCCCGGACCAAGCGUGUCGAUUAUGGAACGCAUGUCCGCAAACGUGCGGCGUCUUGAGUCUGAGCUUACCGGGCUGCGGGAAGAGAUUGCGAAUAUUUCCUCCGAGCGUGAAGCAGCGAGGCAAGAGUGCGUUCAGCUCUUGAGCGAACUCGAAGAAAAGCGCAGUGUUGCGUCACAAUUGGAGGAGACAGCACAGGCGUUACAAACGCUCCAGACGCGAUACGACUCGGCGUUGGAGCUACUGGGUGAGAAGGAAGAGUCGUUGCAGGAAUUACGUAUGGAUGUCAAGGAAAUCAAGGAGAUGUACAAGGAGCAAAUCAGUGAACUGGUGGGACAGUUGAACGCGAAACGAUAAAAGUGAUUCUUGGUUGGGAGUUUGGCGUAAUUUGCUGAUUUCUGUAAGCAUAGCAUUUCUUGAAUAUAUCUGGCCU